AUCACCUGCGAUGGUAGAACCCGAUAACCACGCGCUUAUAAAUACGGCUGCUCGUCAGGCCGAGAGAGGCAGUUGGAAGGUGACAGCGCCGACGGUGGUACACUCUCCUCUCACAGGUGACGCAGAGAGGGUACCGGUUGGCGGCUACCAGUUGGGGGAGCCCCAGUCACGCCUUAUGAAGGAAAUGAUACAUUUUGUCCGGCUGAGCCACAGGUAGAUCCAGGUGCCACCAGAGGACAGCUCACGGGAGCUCGCGGCCGAGUGACGGGAGAAACCAGUCAUGUCAGUCAGCAGCGAGGACGCGGCGUCGGACUCCGGCGCCGAGGAGGGCUGGGUGAGAAGCCCCGGCAGCGCCGCCAGCUCGUCCUCGGAGUCCAGCGACUGUUCCGUGGACGUCAAAGUCAAGAGAACAAGAUCUUCUUCCGGCGAGCAGAUUAACUACAACCUGCGACCGAAGACCAUUCUCAAUAUCAUCGAGUCGGAAAAGCGUCGGCACCAGCCGAGAAAACCCAAGCCGCGGCAGAAGCCACCGCCGCUCAGCAAGUACCGACGGAAGUCUGCCAACUCGCGGGAGCGGGACCGCAUGCACCAGAUAAACUACGCCUUCGAGGCCUUGCGCUGCGUCGUGCCAAAGCUGCCGCCGUCGGCGUCUCAUGAUGCCUGUCAGGCCGGGAAGAUGACCAAAAUCACUACCUUAAGACUGGCUAUGAACUACAUAAGCGCACUGCAGCAGUUACUUAAGGACGAUGACGACGGCACCGUGUCUGGGUCGUCGACCUGUACGGAGGACCAGCGCGAGUCCAAACUCGAGACUGCUUCGCAAAGCGGCACGGACGCUUUCAUGGGGAGCCUGCCGUCUCCCCCCGACUACUUCGGCACGGGCUGCGAUGUCGACGUCAAGGAGGAGCACAUGGAGGGGGCGUGACCCGUGCUGAAGUCAGACGACCCGGGACUCAAGCAGCCAAAACACUGGCCAGAAAAUCACCGGUGUUUCACCGUUCCACAUUGUCGUGUGCCGACAACCAUCGACGCCAGAGACACAGGAGCCGAGGACUGAAUGAAGUUUCUACAAACUGUGAAAACUGUGUAUGUGGACGAUUUUGGCGUACAGCGGACACUUCCCGAGUCCUCAUUGCGCAAGCCAGUGACCCAAACAACUGAUCGCACUACUGACUAUAGUGUUGACCUAAGAGAUCAGGUACUCUUCUUCCUCCGUAAGAUUGGGUCCAAUCCUUACCAAGAUUGACCAGACCAGUUGUUUUUAAUUCCUUGUACAAACUACCUCACCCGCAGCAGCAGUAGUUAAGGAUUUUUUUCUUGUCGAAAGGCCAAAUAUUUUCACCUCCGUAGCUACCGUAGUUAUGUGUGGCUCAGGCCAGGUGUACGGGCCCAAGCUUACAGUAUACUCGGAAGGGGAGGGGCCGUAGCUACAAAAGAAAAACAUGCCAAAGUAGAAUUUACUCGUUCGUGUAUACACAUUGAACUAUCUCUUCCUAUCCACUACAUGAGAUUUAUUCGAAUCUGCCGAACACGCCCACUACUGGUAGCAGUAGUAGCAAAUAUCUGUACAUAUUUAUCGCUUGAUUUGUGUUUUUAUACUGUAUAUUUUUCCAUGUAUGAGCUACCCAAGACAACGUGGUAUUGUGUUUUCACUCUACCAUCGUACCAAGUAGUUGAUCAUUGUCCAUAGUAUCUUCCCGCCUCAACGAAGAGUUUUAUAUUUGUAGAAUAAAUGUACAAACGUGCUACUAGUCGGCAACGAUUAGGGAUAAUUGUUUUUCAGAACUUUGUAUAAAUAAAGUCGGAGAACUGGA